AUGCAGUUAAUCAAAGGUUUGAAAAAUUAUAUACAUUACUUAAGAACUCAAAAUGAAUUAAAACUACAAUUAUACAAUAGUGACAAUAUUUUAUUAUUAAAAAAGUGUAUCCAUAUUUCGAAUGUGUUUAAAUUUAAAAAUGGCAAAACAAUUUGUGAUAAAACAUGUAGCAAUGGUAAAAGGAACGAACUUGUAAAAAAUGUGGACUCAUUUUAUGAAAAUGAUAAUGAUAAUUAUACGAACCAACAAGUUGAAAAAAACUGUAUAAUAAACAAAAAUAUGUUAUACGAAAAUACAAGUAUUAUAAAUAAUAUGAACAGUCAAGUGAAAAAAAAAAUAGAAAUUAUUUUAUAUUCAUAUAAGUCUAAAAAAAUAAAUAUUUGCGUUCAAGAAAUAUUAGAAAUUGUAAAUAGUUAUCCUGGAAAUAAAGACAUAUAUAUAAAUAAAAACUUAUUAUUACCUUUUUAUAUAAUAUUAAUAAAAAAAGGAUACUAUAAAAAUAAUUUAAAAAAUAAUAUAUAUGAAAAUUGUUUUAUGAAUAUAUUUGACUAUAUCCACUAUAAUGCUAAUGAACAUUUAAAAUUUUAUAGUUUAAAAAAUAUACAUGAAUUAUUAAUUUGUUUAUCAAAAUAUUUGUAUAAAAAUAAAGCAAAUUUAAUUACAGAAAAUUUAAUUAAAAAUAUUUUUUAUUUUUCUUUUUUUUCACAUUUUAAUAAUUUUAAUUAUAAAACUAGCAAGCAGAAAAAUCAUAAUAUAGUAAAUGAAAAUAAAUAUAUAAAUCAGACAAGUUAUUUAAAAGAAAAAAAAGAACUAUCCUUAUAUGAAUGUCAUUUAGACAAAAAUCGUAACCUAGAUAUAAAACAAUUGAACUUGGAAAAAAGCAUAAAUGAUGUUAAAUUUUGUGAAAAAAAUAAAGAUAAUGGAUUAGAAGGAAAAAAUAUUUUAUUUCCUCAAAAUGAACAUUAUAUAUAUAACAAUAAAAAAGGGAAAAAAAAAAAAUACACAUAUUAUGAAGAAACAUUUUUUUAUUUAAAAAGCUAUGUUAUUUUUUUAUCAAACCAUCCAAAAUAUGCUAAUCAAAAAAUAUUAUACAGCAUAUCUACCUUAGCAAAUCAAAUUGUAGAUUUUGAAAUAAACUCAAUUAUGUUAUUAUCUUUUUUGUCAGCUAAUUUAAAUUUAUUAAAAAAAUAUUGUGAACAAAAUAUUAGUAAUAACUCCCUUUUUAUAAAUAGAAAUGCAAAUUAUCACAUUUUGCACACAAUAUUGAAAGAUUUCAAUUUAAGGAAAGUGGAAAAUGAAGAUAAAAUAAAAAAUGAACAUUUUGAAAAUAAUUUACAUGACAAUGUUGAAAAUGAACUCAAUACAAAUGAAGGAUAUAGCUUAUGGUGUUGUUCGCAUAUUAUUAAUAUUAUAAAAAUUUUUAAAAUAAAAAAUAUUUUAUUUUCAAAAGCAUUUAAAUCUGACGAAAAAGGAGAAAAAUGCUUACAAGAAGCAUUUACUAAUAUUAUAAAUAAGCUUGAUAUAUUUUAUUUAAAUAAUAAAAAUAAUUUUAUUAGUAUAUCAAAAAAUGAAAUUGAUAGUUUUUUUUGUAUAUAUAUAAAUUUAUCAAUAUUAUUAAAUGAAGUAACAAAUAAAAAAGAUAUAUUUUUUUUAAUUUCAAAAUUUUUUAAGAAUUCAUUUCAAAGUGUAUAUAUAUAUUUCAACAAUUUGUAUAUUAAUAUGUUAAUCAAUUUGAUGAAUGGGCUUUAUAAUCAGAUAUCUGCAUAUUCUAAAAUAAGUGUCUAUGAUAUACAUUUUGAAAAUAUUUUAAAUAAUUGUUUUAGUGAAGAAAUAGAUUGUCAACAUAUCAUAACUUCAACACAUUUGUUGGAAAUAAAUUCUGAAUCCAAUUUAGAAAAUAAUCCUAUAACUUAUUGUUUAUAUUUAGUAAAAGAUGUCGGUACGUGUUUAUUACAUUCAAUUCAAGAACAAAGUCAAAUACCACUUACAAAAUUGAUAACUGUUUUAAAUUAUAUACAUAAAAUAAAUAAAAUAUUUCUUCCUUAUAAUAUAUUUAACAUUUUAAUUUUUAAUUAUAUUGAUGAAAUUCAAAAAAAUAUUAAAAAUGAUGAUAAAAAGCUAUGUAAUAAUAAUAGUCCAGGAAAUCAUCACAUUCUUAUAUUUAUGAAUAUAUAUCUUUAUCACAAAAAUGAAAAUAUAUUAAAUUUUAAUUUGUUGAAAAAAUGCAUAAAUCUUAUAAAAAUCAAUGAACAAAAUAUAGGAACAAUUAAAGAAACAGAAAUCCUUAUGCUUCUCAAUUUUUUUAAAAAAUAUUACCAAAUAAAAAGAAAAAAUAUUAACACAAAUUUAAUAACAGAUAUACAAAACAAAACAAAAGACAUAAACAAUUUAAACAAACACGACUCUAAAGUUAAUGGUAAUAUUAAUGAAAAUGUUGAACUUUUAUCAAGAAAUAGUAUUUUCAAAUUUUUAAAUCAAAAACAUGAAGAGUACGAUUCAGAGCAUUUUGAAUUAUAUAUAAAUAAAUGCAUAUAUAAAAUUGUAAAUAAACUUAUAUUUUCCUAUACCACUAAAACUGAACAUAAUGAAAAAGGCCAUUUAAAAAAUACAAGUACACGAUUUGAUCAUAAAACAAACUCGAAUUCUUUAAAUGAUACACAACUAAAAAUGAAUGGAAAUAAAAUAAAUAUUCCUCAUUCUAAUAUUUCAAAUUUCUCACAAUAUAAAUUAAAUUUUUUUCAAAAUAUUAAUAUUUCUAAGAAAAAUGAAAAUCUACAAUAUUCUAUAAAUCUAUAUUUUAUAUUAUAUGAAAUUUAUUUUCGUCAUUAUAUAGUUACGGAAAAACAAAAAGAAGUAUCAUUACCCUUUCUGACAAAUCUUAUUAAAUUAAAAAAAAAUAAUUUAAAUGAAGAAAAUUAUUAUCAUAUAAUAUCUUGUUUUUUAAGCAUAAAUGUACUUAAUCACAAUAUUUAUUAUUUAUAUGAACAAUAUAUAAAAAAUAACUAUAAAAAAAUAAACAAAAAAUAUGUUUUGGAAAUUAUGAAAAAAAUAUUUGAAAAUUUUGUUUCCAUUUCAAAUGUUAAUAAAGAUAAAAUAAAAAAAAAUGACAAUUUUAUUUUUGAUAAUAAAAAUAGUAUAAAUCAAAACUAUAUUAUACAAAUCGAUGAAAAAAAUUCAAUCAUUGAAAAUAUUAUAUAUAUGUCUUGUAAUUCCUUAAUGUGUGAUAUUGAUUAUAUAAAAAAUUUUCGAUAUUUUAAAGAAAUAUUUCAUGAAUAUUGUGAAAAUUAUAUAAACUGUUAUAUUAUAAGAAAUAAUUUUAAUUAUUUUUCCCUUUCCUAUUUUAACAAGUUUAUAUAUUGUGAACAAAUUAAAUUAAAUAAAAAUGUGAUGAUUAUAUUGUUAAAUACAUUUUCGAACCUCUACUACACUAUAAAUAAGCAUUUACAUGUGAACAAAAUAGAAAAAAUCGACAAAAAAAAAAAUGAAAAAACUGGCAAGCCAAUCAUCGCUUUGACACAGCAAAAUGAAAAAAUGAAAAAAAUAAAAUCCGAACAUACCAGCAUAUGUUAUUGGGAAGAAAGUCAUGAAUAUAUAAACAAAGAAACAAAAUACAAUGAUUUUAUCAAAAAUAAAUUAUUAAAAAAUAUAACCAAAAUAAUACAAAAAAUAUAUAUAGAUAUAAAAAGAAAGAAUAAUGCAAAUAAAAAAAUAGUAAUAUCAAAUAGAGAAUUAAUUGAUAUAAUAGUUGCUUUAAAAAACACAAAAUCACGAUUAUAUAAUAUUUUAUAUUUUUUAUCAAAAAUAUAUAUCAAUAAAAUGCUUUACAACAAACUUACCAAAGUAGAACAUCACGUAAAAUAUAUGAAUAGUAUAAUAUAUCUUGAUUUUAUAAAUGAAUUAAAUAUAUUAUAUAUGUCUAUAAUUGGAAAAGAUGAAAUGAAAAUAGGAAAUAUAAAUAAAAAUAUGUUAAAAGAAACGAAACACCAUUUUUGUCAUAUUUUAUUUUAUAAUUUUUUGAGAUUAAAUUUGACAGCAUUAUUUGUUCCAAAUAUUUCAACAUAUAUUCUGAAUAUAAUUAUGUUAUAUAUCGAUGUAGUAAAUUAUGAAUUUGAAAAAAAAAACAAAAUUUUAACAAAAAUAAUAUUUUUUACACAAUCUUUAUUAAAAUUAUAUUAUGUGAGCAAAACCAUAUUACCAAAUGAUUUAGAUAAAAGAAACAUCUUUCUUAUUUUUUUAUUAUUCUCAUUAAGCAAUAAUAAUAAUAAAUACAUAAAUAUAUCGUCACUACCCUUUGACGCGUUAAAAUUGUUUUAUAAUAAAAUCAUUUUGGAAAAUCUGGAUAAUUUGCAAACUACUCAAAUACAUUCUUCUUUUGCACAUCAUACUAUAUACAACUUUGUAUCUAAUUUUUUCAAAAAAUAUUCCGAUAAGUAUAAAAUUAUGAAUGAAGCUAUAAUUAAUUUUUAUAAUGUCGACUUAUGUAUAGAGAAAAAUAAAUAUUAA